CUUAAAAAUCUGGUGAUGGCAAUUGAUCAUAAACGGAAUACCAUAGAAACCAAAUAAUUGUAUACAAAUAAAUAUGUACGAGUUAAAUAAAUUAUUUACUAAUUUCUAUUAGUAUUUACAGCCUGAAAACACACCAACGGACGAAUGGGGAGAUGAAACCUCACCCGUGUGAUCUUUGUGACGAAUCGUUCAGCCAAAAAAGUCACUUUAAGGUUCAUCGACACAUACACACUGGCGAAAAAUUAUACACGUGCGAUAUAUGUGACAAGGCUUUCUCUGUAAGAAGUAGUUUGACAACACAUAGACGCAUUCACACCGGUGAAAAACCAUAUGCAUGUGAUGUAUGUGAGAAGGCUUUCUCUGUAAGUAGUAGUUUGACAGCACAUCGACGCAUUCACACCGGCGAAAAACCAUACGCAUGUGACGUAUGCGAACUGUCUUUCCCUCAAAGUGGCCAAUUGACAAUACAUCGACGCACGCACACCGGCGAAAAACCAUACACGUGCGAUGUAUGUGAGAAGGCUUUCUUUCAAAGUAGUCAAUUUACUGUGCAUCGACGCACGCACACUGGCGAAAAACCGUACGCAUGCGACGUAUGCGAAUUGUCUUUCACUCAAAGUUGCCAAUUGACGGUACAUCGACGCAUUCACACCGGCGAAAAACCAUACGCAUGCGAUGUAUGUGAGAAGGCUUUUAGACAACGUAGCACUUUGACGAAACAUCGCCAGACGCACAGUCAAAAACCAUACGCAUGUGAUGUAUGCGACAAGUCGUUCUGUUUAAAUAGCAAUUUGACGGUACACAAGCAGACACACAUGACACACAGUUUCUAUUGAUCAAAUAUGUAUGAUAAAAGGAGUUUAUAUCUAAUGAUGGCAAAUCAUGUUCAUAUAAUAUUACUGUUAUAGUUUUAAUUAUAUCAUAUUGUUUUUUU